CGGGGAGGGAAAGGGCAGGCGUCCUGAGCUUGUGUUUAUAGCCUGCAAAUGAAAACUCAGGCCUCAGCUGCCGCGGGCGCUGUGAAACUCAGGCCUCAGCUGCCGCGGGCGCUGUGAAACACGGACGGACUCCUGCUCGGGGCCAGGGCGCCCCCGGGACCCCCUACUCACGGCCUCCUCCGCCUGCUUCCUGGAAGCCUUCACUUUGGCCUGCAGCUUGCCCACCAGGUCCUGGAGCCUGAGUAUGUUCCUGCGGUCCUCCUCGGCCUGCCAACACAGCGUCGGUGCCAGGGCCCCGGGCCCCCUCCCCAGCUGCUUCUGUCCGGUCUGAUCCGGGGGAUGCAGGAGAGCCGUUGCCUACCCGACACCCGGACCUUUUGGGCAACCCUCUGCAGGAGGCCCACGGCCCCUCAUCUGGGGUCACUGCUUUUUCCAGCCCAGCUGAGCCGCCCAAGUGCAGCCUCGAGCACCCAGGAAUGAGGGUAGCUCUUGAAUUCAGGAGCACAAGUUGCUGUCUGAGGAAGCCUUUCCUUGGAAGUUACAUGCAGAGAAGACCCAGCAGGCCAGCUUUGAAGAAAACCUGGAGAGAGGGAAAGUUCCAAAUCAUCGCCAGACUACAGGAGAUACAGCCAUGGCAGAGGACUUGGAUCAGGUGAGAACUUGCCAUGUUGAGCUUGUUACCAAACCAAACUGGGUCCAUCGCCUGACGUGCAACAAAGCCACUCUUCUGACGCCGGACUGUGAUGAAGACUAUUGCACAUCAAUUUGGAAUAUAUUAAACAAGACACCAAGAUCAAUGAGCUUAUUCAAAAAGAAGAUAAGUCUUGCGGGACACGGGAUAUUCCUUGGAUCGCAGGCGGAUACACGAGUGCAGACGUGGCGGCCGUCACCCCACAGCCUGAGAGCCUGGUCCUCAGAACAGCCCAGGGAUCUAAGAACCUACGCCUACAGUGAGCGCAGAGACGGCGGCCGGCCGGCAGAGGGCGCCCGAACCCACGCAGGAACCGCUCGCCGCUGCUCAGGACGGUGUGCUACUGGGACUCACAGACCUGGGUUUAGCCGGGCUCUACGCAGCUACGUGGCUUUAAGCAAAUCCUUUCCCUUCCUGAGCCCGAGACUGACCAGUUCUAAAGUCGAAGGUUCUCCAAGGUCCCGUCCAUCACGGCGGGUUCCUCCCCGGGAGCCACAGCUCCCGCCGCCGCACCGCCCUCCCCACCCAGUGCCGCGGGACCACCUACCCGGCUGGAGGUGAAGUCUCUGGUCUUCGCGCGCAGCUUAUUGACUUGAGAUUCGGCAAUAUCGGCCCGUUCUUCAGCCUCCUCCAGCUCAUGCUGAGCUUUUCGGAACUUGGUGAGAUGAGCGUUGGCUUGUUCAUCCUAAAAGCAAAGAGCCGGGACGGGUACGAUCAGCGAGCGCCUCCCUGGGGCUCACAGGGAGAAGCAGGCCCGGCGCCGCGCUGGGGUCCCGCU